AUGGGUGGUGCGACCGUAAAAACUCAAUACUAUAACAAUGCAAUCGCGAUCGGGGCGGUAUCCGCGUCAAUUGCGUUGGGGCUUCUAUUCAUAACGGGCAUUUUUAUUAGGCGACGACGAAGGAACGCAAAGGUCGAACCGGAAUCAAGGAGUUGGAAAGCCCUCGAGGAUCCUUCCACUGAUUUCAACCCCUCGCUAAAAAGCAACGCCACUUCGUAUAUAUCCAACAGCUUUUUAA